CCCCAAAUUCAGUCGUUGUUUCCCUACCCCCCUAUUGUUUAUUCCCCCCCAAUUUACUGUACAAUAUUCAGUGUGUUAAAAUAGACGAGAGGUAAAAGACACGGUUUUGUUCGUGUCUAAUUUAUUCAACUUGGAAACUGUAAGUAAACGGCCCGACACGCCGAACAUCCCUAUUACAUUUUCUACAUGGUCCUUCGAACGGUUUUUAACCCAGUGCAUAACCGUGUCCUCCCUCUCAAAUCACUCAAAUCAACUCACUCAAAACUCAAAAUUGUGAAGCCGGUUGGGGCUACACAAUUCUAGACCCCCCAAACGUUUAUCUUUGUUUCUUUCUUUUGUUGUUGGGUGGUUAAAAUCUGCCCAAACUAAAACUACUAAAUUGUAAAAACAAAAAAGACGUAGAAAAGGGGGGAACCUAUGCCCAAAAAUUCCAUUUUUUUUCUUUCGACUUUUUUGUGCCUUUCGUUGUCGGGCUAGCCUGAGGGGGCGGCCAUUGAACACGCCGUCCCAACCUCUGGCCCAUAGAUCGGCCUGGGCUAAACUACUGGGAUUUCGUCUCCUCUUUUCAUUGCACGUGUGUCCUCCCGUAUCCAUUCUUCGCUUGCUGAUGGUAUCGAGUCAGAAAUAAUCUUUCUCUUUCUCUCAACAUUCACAGAGGAGCCGAAAGGUCUCCAAAACAACCGCUAAAUACAAUUAUUGAAUGAAUAUUCUCUGUCCAUCUGUCCUUCCUUAAAAAAAAAAAGAAAAAAAACCCUCUUACAUAGGAUCCCGAAACAUCGGUGCAUCCAAACGAAAAAAAAAAAACUAUUUCUCUCUCACGCUCACUGUAGUGGCACGCCGCAAGGGGCGCCACCAACAAAAAAAAAAAAAAAAAAAAAAAUUAUUUCUCGCUCACGCUCAGUGUAGUGGCACGCCGCAAGGGGCGCCACCAAAAAAAAAAAACUUUAUUUCCUCUCUCGCAAAGUGUAGUGGCACGCCGCAAGUGGCGCCACCAACAACAGAAAAAAACCAGAUUCACUUAAUUGAGUCAUCCAGCCCGGAUUUUUGCAGGAGCCUGGGUAUUACCCUAGCUCCAAAUUUAAAUCGAUUCUUUUUCAGAUACAUCCAAGGGAUUUCAAACAAAGUGGAAACAAAAAACGGAAACUCAUCCGUUCCACGAAACCCCAAGGAAAACAGGAAAAGGAAACGGGCAAAUCAGUCGAUAAGUGAUCGAAAAAAAAAAAAAAAAAAUUAAAUUAAUUCUCUAUUUCAUCUCCUUUUCCCCAGUCAACAGCUCUUGAAGAGCUACACAACCAGGAAGAAUGGUUCAGUCAAUGAAAAACACAAGGUCAGCCACCAAAGGCCACAUAACAAGAGCAAUAACCCGGAUCAACGGAUUUGCAAAUCAAGUAAUGGCCCAAGAAGAUGUUAAAGAACUAGAAACCUUAGAAACAAGAUUGAAAAGUCUCUUCGAAAGCUACCAAAGCGCAACAAAAGAAAUCAAGGAGAAAUUAAUAGCGACCAAGGCCGCGCAGGAGGAGAUUGAUGGGGAUCUGGACACCUUUCUCCAAGUUCAAGAUGAAGUGUCUGGAGCAAGAUCAAUCAUCAAGCAGAAGAAGCAAGAAUGGUUGGACGACGUGAAAGAAAAGCAAGAGGCAAAGAAAGAAGAGGACAGAGACAAACGAUUGUUAGCGCUCUUCCAACAACAGGCAACAAGCCAAGCAGCAAAUCAAGCGGCAAAUCAAGCAGCAAAUCAAGCAGCAAAUCCAGCAACAAGUCAAGCACAGAUGGCGCAAAUUAUUGCCCAAAUCAUGGCGGCCAUUCCGGCACCUCCCGCGCCAGUAAUCAACGUGACGGCAGCACCAGCCCCAGCUUCAGCCGUACAGUCGAUACGAUUGCCGCAGCGACAAAUUAAGCACUUCAAAGGAGACGUACUGGAAUGGACCCAAUUCUGGGAAUCCUUUAACGCAGCUGUCCACUCUUCAUCUCUUUCAAACGUCCAAAAAUUCGAUUACCUCAAGGAAUAUCUUAAAGGUGAGGCGUACCUGUUGGUUAACAAUCUUGAAUUAACAGAUGCGAAUUACCAAGUCGCAAUCGACGAACUGAAAAGGAUGUACGGGAAGACGGACGUUCUAAUCGACGCGCACAUUGAGAAACUGGAUGCCUUGCAGCCCGUAAAGGACGGGAACGACGUUCCAGCUCUGAGGAGCUUCCAGCUGAAUCUCCAAUCGCACAUUAGCGCGUUGGAAACGUUAGGAGUCCCCACAAGUUCCUUUGGCGGACUCCUCGGAGCAAGAUUAAUCAAAUUAAUUCCUACCAGGCUCCAACAAGAAUGGGCAAAAUCGCCAACAAACAAAUCAACGGACAUCGAGAUGGUCAUCAAAUUCAUUGGAGAUCAAAUCGACGCGGCCGAAAGGUUCAACCGAAUCAAAGGUGUGGAAAAGGAGAAAUCGUCUCCAGCUCCUAAACAGCCCAAACCGGCAAAUCCACAGCCGGCAACAGCAUCACAAUUGGCAGUAGGAGCCAAAGCAAGUCCAGCUCCUCAGGUUAAAUCCGCCUUAAAAAAUAAAAACGUUAAAUUUAACCCAAGUUGGAUUGUGUGCGAAAGGCCCUGCAUCUUCUGCAGCCAAAUUCACUGGCCGACAAAAUGUCCGAAAGGGCUGACGGAAAGGAAAAAGAUAAUCUUUGAUUUGAAAAGGUGCGUCAACUGUUUUGGAGACAAACACGCGCUGAAGGAUUGCACAUCCGCCCGGAACUGCAACAAGUGCGGAGGGAGGCACCACACCGCUCUCUGCGACAAAGGAGACGUCAGAGUCACCAAUCCCACAACAGCAGCAAUAAUCGUGGCCAGCGAUCCAACUUUGACAACCACAGCCUGUGCAAGCAGCUUUGGACAAUUGAUGCUGAAAACGGCAACAGUCAUCAUCAGCGGCCAAAACGGUAACGAAACAAGAGCGAUUUUAUUUGCAGACGACGGAAGUCAUCGUUCUUGGGUGCUGAAAUCACUCUCAUCGCAACUUAACAUGAAGACAGUAGCGGUGGAAAACAUCAGCACAAGAGUGUUUAAGAAAAAGGAACCCAACAAGCCCGAAAUGACAAAAAACGUCGAAAUGCAAGUAAGGGGCACCUGGCAAGGCGCCCCAAAAGUUACACUAAUGGCUUUAGAAUCGGAUCACAUUUCAGAUACCGGCCCGUACGUAGGAUCCGAAUUUGCAAACAGCCUCUGGAUCCAAAACGAAAAAUUGGCCGACGACAGAUUCGAGAUGGCACACACCGAAGAUCAGCCAAUUGGAAUUUUAGUCGGAAUGGACCAGAUGUUCCAGAUCAUGUCGAAUGAAGCCGCCAUACAGAGUCCAUGCGGAUUGCGCGCGUUUCAAACGAAACUCGGAAGAAUGAUUGCUGGACCAUCUCAAGAAGCAAAAUCGAAGACAGGAACUCAAGUAAUCCAAAAUUUAAUUUUAACAUCAAGUUACCCGAUUCCACAGAUUACGUCAACAUUCGCGACAAGUAGCCAAAAAAGAAAAAUCCUUUCAACUCAAGCAAACAAAACUCCGAUGGAAAAGGAGACUGGAACGGCCAGUCCCCAAACUACGCCAAUAGGAGCGUCAUUCUCAGAUGCCCCAAUCGGAUCCAGCGGAGAAGAAGAUAGUAAAUGGUUUGAGAAGGAAGAACAAGUUGCUGCUAAUUUCGACCUUUCUCUUUUCUGGAAAAUAGAAAAUUUUGCGAACCUUGAAGGCGCUGAUGCAGUGGAAUCGGAUGAUCGCUUCGAUUUCUUUGACGAAAAAAUAACGAGAUGGCCAGAUGGAAGAUACUGUACACCGAUCCCUUGGACAACUGACAAGUGGAGACUUCAGAAAAAUCUCCCGUUGGCCACCGGAAGAGUGGAAAGCACAAUAACAAGAUUGAGAAAAAAUCCAGGAGACUUGGUGAAUUACCACGCAGAAAUCCAAAAGCUCAUCGACAGCAAAUUCGUCGAGGAGGCGAACAUGGACUACGAAGAACUUCACACCUAUCUCCCACAUCAUCCGAUCUUCAGAGGCGACAAAUCAACGACGAAAAUCAGACCCGUCUUUGACGGAGCAGCAAAAACGAAAUUUGGACCAAGUCUGAACGACGUGUUGGAGACCGGACCAAAUCUCAAUCCCGAUCUCCUAUCAGUGCUAUUACGCUUCAGAAAGUACGAGAUUGCCUGGAUCGCCGACAUAGAAAAAGCCUUUCUAAACAUCGCCCUGCAGCCGGAAGAUGCUGAAGCAAUCAGGUUUUUAUGGCCCAGGGAUCCAGCAGUGGCUGGAUCGCCUCUUAUUGCCUACAAGUGGAAGAGAGUGCCCUUUGGCCUUAGUUCUAGCCCCUUUCUCCUACGUGUUACAAUUAACAAACAUUUCAAAUCACUAAAGUCUCGUUUUCCAGAAACUAUUCAACAGCUGGAAGAAAGUUUGUACGUUGACGAUUACCUCGGCGGAGCAAACAAUUUAUCAAUCGCCAAGAAAAGAGUCGAUGAGACGGACGAGAUCUUUAGUGACGCCCAACUCAACAUGAGAAGCUGGGCAACCAACAACGAAGACCUCAAACAACACCUGAAGGAGAAAGGACUGUCGAAUCAAGUCGUAGGCCUACUCUCCCCAGCCUUGGACGGCCAACAGAAGGUGUUAGGAAUCCGGUGGGACACCGGAUCCGAUUCGUUCAAAUUCAACCCAGCAUCCAUCAUCCAAGCAGUAGAAGAAGUGGGAUCGGAAAUCACCAAAAGAAAGAUACUCAGUAUCUCGGCAAGGAUUUUUGAUCCAAUUGGAUUUUUAUCUCCCACUGUACUUUUAUUGAAGAUUAUUUACCAGAAGCUCUGGGAAAAAGAGAUAGGUUGGGACCAAGCAGCGCCAGCCGAUAUCCAAAAAUCUUGGAAGAUAGUGAUGACUGGUCUCGCCGAUUUCACCGAACUACAAAUUCCACGAUGGAUCGGACUAUCCGAAAAAGUCACUUCUCACGAAAUUCACGUCUUCGGAGACGCUUCUGAAGCAGCGUAUGGAGCCGUAGCCUACGCCCGACUCCAAAAAGGACAAGAAGAUCCACUCAUCAUCCUACUGGCCAGCAAGACGAGAGUUGCACCUCUACCUAAGAAAAAAGUAACUUUACCGCGUUUAGAAUUGCUGAGCUCACUUUUAGCCGUACGUUUAGGUGAAGUCGUAAAAAAUGCAAUGCAAGUCCAGUAUUGGAGAACUUUCUACUGGUCAGACUCCUUGGUUGCACUAGGAUGGAUUAGAGGAGAGCCGAACAAAUGGAAACCAUUCGUCCGAAAUCAAGUGGAAACGAUUCGAAAGUUUUCACAACCCGAGUGGUGGAGACACUGUCCAGGUCUCCAAAAUCCGGCCGAUCUUGCCUCGCGGGGAGCGCCAGCGCCAACGCUGGUAACCUCAACUCUUUGGUGGAACGGCCCGAUUUGGCUCAAAGGAGAAGAAACGGAAUGGCCAGAUUCUCCCAACGACCAAAUUCCACAAACAAUCCAGUCCGAAAUGGAAUCGGAAGCUAGGAGUACGACGGUCAGCACAACAGCAGCCAUCGCAAUUCCAACAGCCUCCGUCGACUGGAAUCUCGACAAAAUUUCCACCUGGAAUCGACUGUUAAGACGUACAGCCUGGGUCUCACGAUUCCUCAGCAGGAGUCAAAAGAAGCUCAGACCUCCCGGUCCAGAACGAAUGGAGUCGAUAAAGGCAAUUGGACCAGAUGGAAAAGGAAGUGGAAAAGUUAUCCGGAUUACAAGAUUAUCCAGAGAGGAGCUGGAUGAAGCGGAACUAACGAUCUACAGACAGCUCCAACGAGAGCGGUAUCCUAAGGCGUUUGAAUCGCUACAGUUAGACAACACAAUCCAGCCCAAGGAGAAAAUCGCUGCACUUUUUCCAAUCUGGGACGCCAGAGACCGUCUCGUUCGAAUCCAUGGGAGAGUAUCACUUGCCCUAAGAGAUAGGAACAUCGAUCCCCCAAUUUUGCUUCCUGCAUCACAUAUAGUAAUCACUUUCUUAAUUACAGACAAACACGAGUCGCUACUACAUGCAGGAGCAAAGGUGACACUAUCAGAGUUGAAAGAAAAAUUCUGGAUAGUUAAAGGACGACAGCAAGAACUAGCAGCCCCUCUUCCUUUAAACCGACUCAAACAUGCGCAAUCUUUUCACGUUACAGGAGUCGAUUUCGCUGGACCACUGCUGUACAAACCAGCACAGCGAAGGAAGAAAAGGAAAGCUCCACCAAGCGUCCAGGAUCCGACGCCAGCAGACGAUCCAACUGAAGAGCGAAUCGAGGAGCCACCCGCUGAAGGAGACGCUCCAAUCGAAGCUCUAAUCGUAGGCGAAGAGGAUUCAGUCGAAGAAGAUGUCGAAAUCCAAGACAUCUUAAUAACAACAACUAAAGCUAAGAAAACGAACCAUCUUAAAAGUUAUGUUUGUCUUUUUACGUGUGCAGUCACUCGAGCGGUUCACUUGGAACUACUACCCGAUAUGACGGCGCGUUCCUUCUUACUAGCCUUUCGAAAAUUCGCAGCUAGACGAGGACCCGUCUCAGUGAUGUAUUCGGACAACGCGCAAACGUUCCGAUGUGUCGACCGAUUCCUGAGAACUAUUCACGCCGAUCCCAUCAUUCAAGACUUUCUCGCGUCCAGAAAAACCCUUUGGAUAUUUUCCGCCAGCCUAGCGCCAUGGUGGGGAGGAUUCUGGGAACGGAUGGUGAGGAGCGUCAAGGAUCUGCUGCGACGCUCCAACGGUCGAGCCUGCCUUGACUACAUGGAACUGGAAGCGAGUUUAGCAGAAAUCGAGAGCGUAAUCAACGCCCGCCCACUCAGCUAUAUUGGGGAAGGAGCUGACGAUCCACUUCCGAUAACUCCUAACCAAUUUCUAAACAACAGACGUUCUACUCGUGCCGAUCCGGAGCCAGCCGUUAACUUGCUGGAUCCUACAUCGACCAGCAUCGUACUACAAGAGAUGGACAAGAACAGGAGGGAAUAUGUCGCUGACAUCUGUGCUAGAUUCGUCGACGAUUAUCUACUCCAACUAGACAACUUCCACUCCAAAGGAAAAUCCGGAAGGAAGAUCCGCCUAGGAGAAGUCGUUGUUAUCCACGACGAACACUCCAAACGACUCAUGUGGUCUACCGGAGUAGUGAAGGAACUGAUUCCAAGCCGCGACGGACUCAUCCGUUCUGUCAUGCUCAAGAUUCCAAAUGGUAAUUUAAUUAAUAGAGCCAUUCAAUGUCUUCACCCUAUAGAGCUGCGAGAAGAUCUCGCCGAAGACGUCGAAAUUGGAAAUCCGGAACCGAUCCAGGAGCCGGAAGAGGAUCCAAAUCCAACUCUGCCAGAACCAGAAAUCGAUCUCGCUAUCGGAGACGCUAUGCCAGCUCCCGAAGAACCGGAAGACGUCGUCGAAGAUGUCGAGCCGGAUGCUACGGGCUCUGGUGGGGAGUGUGUUAGGAAUAUUCCAUUCCAACAGACGACGACGAGAUCAGGGCGCCGCACAACAACACCGGCGCACCUACGCGACUAUUGCCUUGGGGGCCCCCGAUAGGUGGCCCCAAAUUCAGUCGUUGGUCCCCAAAUUCAGUCGUUGUUUCCCUACCCCCCUAUUGUUUAUUCCCCCCCAAUUUACUGUACAAUAUUCAGUGUGUUAAAAUAGACGAGAGGUAA